CCCCACCCCAGAAAACAAAAAAAGAAAUAAAACUGGUGAAGAAAUCAAAAAGAUGAUGAUUGAUUAACAGCGGUACAGGUGGCCGGCGCCUCAUCCCUGGUUUUCAUCGUCGCCUCGCUCCCAGCUGUUUACUACGUUGAUCAGCAAGCAGUGCAGCAGCUCUGCAAGAAAGAAAAAGGGUUCUUUUUUUUUUAUACUACGAACAGAAACAGGUCUCCGCCUCAUUUCUUAACUCCAUUCAUAACUGCUGUGCAAUCAGCAGUGCUGCUUCCUCGUGAUCUAGGAGUGGAGGAUCAUCAUCAGAUGGCGUCAGGAAUGCUGUCUCUUACUUGUCCUUCUUCAUCUUCCUUAUCUUUGCCCCAUCACUUUAAGGGUGGUGCUGCUGCUGCUGGAAAGCCUAAGCUAUUGAAUCAAGCUUCUGUCUUUGGGAAGCGUUUCGUCAAUACUGAGUCUUUCACUCGGACAACCAUGGCGGUUGCUCUCAAUGUCUCUCGAUUUGAGAGCAUAACCAUGGCUCCUCCUGACCCUAUCCUUGGUGUAUCUGAAGCAUUUAGAGCAGACACAAAUGAAAUGAAGCUGAACCUUGGUGUAGGAGCCUAUCGUACAGAAGAUCUUCAACCUUAUGUGCUUAAUGUUGUGAAGAAGGCAGAAAAACUAAUGCUAGAGAGGGGAGAAAACAAAGAGUAUCUUCCAAUCGAAGGUUUGGCUUCAUUUAACAAGGUUACAGCUGAGCUGCUGCUUGGAGCCAAUAACCCACUGAUUCUGGAGCAGAGAGUUGCUACUGUUCAAGGUCUUUCAGGGACGGGCUCACUUCGACUUGCUGCUGCUCUUAUAGAACGAUAUUUUCCUGGUGCAAAAGUUCUGAUAUCAUCACCAUCCUGGGGAAAUCACAAGAAUAUCUUCAAUGAUGCUAGAGUACCUUGGUCAGAAUAUCGGUAUUAUGACCCCAGUACUGUUGGCUUGGAUUUUGAUGGGAUGAUAGCUGACAUAAAGGCAGCCCCAGAAGGAUCAUUUGUGUUGCUUCAUGGUUGUGCCCACAAUCCAACAGGUAUUGAUCCAACCCCUGAGCAAUGGGAAAUCAUUGCUGAUGUCAUUCAGGAGAAAAACCAUAUUCCCUUUUUCGAUGUUGCUUAUCAGGGAUUUGCAAGUGGUAGCCUUGAUGUAGAUGCAUCAUCUGUGCGACUCUUUGCUGCUCGUGGCUUGGAACUUUUAGUUGCUCAGUCAUAUAGCAAAAACUUGGGUCUUUAUGCUGAAAGGAUUGGAGCAAUCAAUAUUGUCUGCUCUUCUGCAGAUGCAGCAACAAGGGUAAAGAGCCAAAUAAAAAGGCUGGCACGACCAAUGUACUCAAAUCCACCCGUUCAUGGGGCCAGGAUUGUUGCUAAUGUUGUGGGCGAUCCGGAGCUCUUCAAUGAAUGGAAAGAGGAGAUGGAAGUAAUGGCUGGAAGAAUUAAGAGCGUGAGACAGAAACUCUAUGACAGCCUCCGUGCAAAGGAUAAGAGUGGAAAGGACUGGUCAUUCAUUCUCAGGCAGAUUGGCAUGUUUUCCUUCACAGGCUUGAAUAAAGCACAGAGUGACAACAUGACCAACAAGUGGCAUGUGUACAUGACAAAGGAUGGAAGAAUAUCUUUAGCUGGAUUAUCUUCAGCCAAAUGCGAAUAUCUUGCAGAUGCUAUCUUUGAUUCGUACCACAAUGUUAGCUAGAGAAGAUUGGGGAGCUAACUAGCUGGUGGAGUUCUGAAAUUUUUUGUUUUUACAUUCGUUAAAGUUCUAAACUUAAAGACAUGAUGCAAUAAUUCAUCAUAAAUUUUUGUCCGGUGGAUCCCUUUCUGGACUUCUGGAAGAGUGGUACCAAAUUUCAGAUAUACACUUUUGGUAAGCAAAUGAGCACGAGAGUGAUUCAGUGCAGGCACAAGUAAAAAGCUUUCUUGUUGCAGUGUAAAUGUGGGUCUUGUUGUAAAAAGCAUUACCCGUGGAAGUGUUUGGUCCAAUUUAAUAAUUGUGCGAACAAGAUUCCAGCUGAGGUGGGACUAUUAACAGAAUAUGUCCACUUUUUUUUUUU